AGAAGCUGAGACGCCUCGAUAGUGAAACUAAAAGUUCACCGGAGGAGAUUCUGCAGGAUAAGGUCCGGAUCCUGUUCUCUUAUGUAAAUGAUCUGAGCGAGCAGAAUCAAAUCCUGGUCCAAACAGUGGAGGAACUGGAGCUAGAAGCAAACCAGAAGGUUGCUGGACUAAAAGAAAAACUCAGCGUGGCUGAUAAAACCAUUAAGUAUUUGGAUGAUGAGAGGAGGUGCCUAGAAGAAGACAACCGCUGUCUAAAAGCCGAGCUUCAUCAACUACGAGCUGAUCCUCACACCCGGGCACAGCAGGUCGAGGAAGCUCAGCGUACACACAACCUGAAUGUCUGGUGAUCCACCCAGCAGCAGCAUGUUAUUCUACAUUGAACGUACAUGGCAGAAGCGGGACGACCUUAUGAAGGCUCAGGUGGAUGAUCUGCGGAAUCAGCUGAAGGCCAAGGACGGGAUUAUUCAAAGUCUGGAAGAGGAAAUGAAGACGCUUUGGUGUCUCGGUGCUGCGUCGGGACAGAAUAAGCUACGAGGAAGCAGAGCUGAAUCGAAGAGACGACGAGAGCGGAUUCAGACCCUCCGACAGGAUAACAGCCACCUACCUGCCAAGUUGCAGAGCAGCAGGGAGAAAGUUAAUAGCCCGGGUUUAGAAGUCGGCCGGCUCGAGUCCAAAUUACAGGAAGAGACGGAACAAUCUCAACAGCUGCGAGAUCAAAUUCUCAAGCAGCAGGAGGCUUUAAGUAGGGCAAACCAAACUCUCCGAGACGCCAGGAGAGCAGCUGGCAAUAAGUUACAAAAGAAAGAAAACAAGCUCUCUGAGGCUCUAAAACAACUACAGGAUGCCAAACAUCAGCUGGCUGAGAAGAAAAACGAGUGCAUCCAAAGCCAGAAGGAGCUGGAGGUCCAGGUGAGAGAGAAAUCCGAGGAGUUCCACAGAGUUACCAGCGAGAAGAGGAAACUGGAGCUGGAACUCGCCACGAUCACGGAGAAACACCAAACCGCCCAGAGAGAGGUAGCUAACCAUAAUGAGGUGAUCUGGCAGCUAAAGGCAGAGCUCCGUGUUUCAGCUGAGAAGUACCAGGGAGCACAAGAGGAGCUCGGGCUGCAGGAGGCUGAGGUCAGCAGGCUUAAUGAGAAGGUGAAGAGGCAGCAGGUCCACCUUCGGCAGCUAAGCGAGGCAUGUCGCCACGGAGACACCCAGCUGGACCACGAGCGGCAGACGGCGCAUCGGCUUCAGAAUCAGCUACGUCUCACAGAACAACAGCUAAAACGACAAACUGAGCGCGUGCAGCUGCUGCAGGAGGAACUUACCGCUUCCAGGCUUGGCUACAACACAGAUGCAGAGCGCUGGGCACAAAGAAACCUGCUUCUGCAAAACCAGAUCCAGCAUCUUCAGGAGCAGAACGUACAGCAUACACAGAUCCUCCCUGAACUCGAAGAAAAGCUUAAAGAAACCCAGAAUGCUCAGCGGCUCGCUCAGCACCAGGUAACGGAGUAUGAGGAGUUACUGCAGAAGUGUGACCGUGAGAUAAAGCUUCUAAACCAGCAGUUGGAGGAGAGCCAGGAUGAGUUAAAGAAGAGCAGGACCUUGGCUCAAAACCAUCAGUCAGCGGUGGAUAUCUUUAAAAAGAAAUACAUGGCGGCCAUGGAGAAGGUCCAGCAACUGCAAGUUCAGAUCCAGAGACGUGAGGAAGAGGCACAGAUUUCAAGCAAACAGUUAGAGGACUUGCGGGCAGAUAUAAGCAAUUUAAAAGCGGAACUAUCCUGCCUGGAGUCACGCUACGAGCAGAAAGUAAGCGAGCUAGAGCACUCUGAGGAGGUGCUAGAGCAGCUAACAGAGGAACUUCAUGCAGCGCUGGAUACUCUGAGGAGUCGAGAUGAGACAAACCUUCAGUGUGAGAAAGAGAUGGAGAAAUUACAGCUUACAAUGGACAAUCAGCAGAAGCAGAUAUCUGCGUAUGAAGAGAAAUGUCUACAGUUGCAGAGAGAGCUCACAUCUUUCCAAAAUGCCCCCAGUCACUGGGACGAGGAAUCCAGGCCUCUACAGAACCAGCAUGGAGUUGAGAAAUGUACGCACAAGCCGAGCGGGUCUCGGGGGACCGUGGUGCAGCUGCGUCCUGAGGCCCUGGGCCUGGUUGAGGAGCUGCAUUGUGGGUCUUUGGACGUGGACCAGCAACAGAAAGACAACCUGAACCAGCUCAAGCAGGAAGUGGCUCAUUUAGAGGAAGAUCUCACACUGGCUAGAACAUCCAGUCUGCAAAAAGAGCAGGCCCUGCAGGAGUGUGAGCAGGAGGUGAUUGUAGUGAGAGCUGAACUACAGCACACAUUCCUCACUCUCUGUGUCAGAACUGAAGAAGUGCAGACGCUAACAGAGGAGAACAAGCUAAACCAGCAGGAGAACCAGGCUGUGAGGAAUCACAUAAAUCAGCUGAGUCAUCAACUUCAGCUUCUCCUCUCCAUCUACACGGGUCCAGUUGACCAGAAAGACAAGACUUAUUUACUGUCAAAUCUUACAAACACAGAGGAUCAGCUGACCGAUAACCUUCAACAACUCACAGAGCUACAAAUGAUGGUGGAGAAGCUUCAGCUGGAGGCUGACGCUGUUCAGAAAUCUCUGCUGAAGGCUCGAGACGUUGUGGCAGAGCAGCAGAGACUCGGAUCUGACUUGACGGCACAAAGAGAUGAAGCCAGGGAGCAGCUGCAGCGGUUGAAGCGGACUCUUGAGGAAAGUCUUGCCGAAAACACUCACCUCCAGCAGGAGAGAGCACAGCUAGCGACCAACAUCAGCAGUUGGCUCAAAGAACACAGGGCUGCUAAUGAGAGUCUGGCUAGACGAAUCAAACAGCAGAAUGAGCUUCUGACCACCAUCAGCCUGGAGAAAACGCACCUCCAGGAGAGCAGAAAGACCUCCCAGGAGGACCUGAAGAGGCUGCGAGCCCAGCUAGAGGACAAGGACAGAAAGAUUAAUGAGUUAAAGAUGACGAGUCUCAGGGAGGACAACCAGACAAACAAGAAGCUGCUUGAACAUGGAAAGGAAGGCACGCUUCUGCUGCUGGGCUUCAGGACCAAUCAGGACUCUUCUACCUCCUCUCUGUCCUUGGAGAUUUCAGACAUGGAACCAGGCAGAACGGGGCAAAUCGGGUCGUGUAAUAAGGAAUUUGACCAACUGCAAAAAAGAAAGGAGGAAAGACCAAAUUUAUUAAUGCAUUAAUAUAGUCUUAAAGAGGAAACAGUGACUCAAGAAUAGAACUUAGAAGUAGAAAGAGUUGAGAAGCUCUUUUAAAGUGACCGUUGAUUCUUAUCCCCCCUGACUCCUGCUUGGAUGGCUCAAGGUUCAAGGUUGUGCCAAGCUUCAUCCAUGUCAAAAUUAUUGAGGUCACUGUGGUCCUGGAAACACCCAAAGCCUCAGAUAUUGGUUUUUAUCUUUGCCCUGAUCUAUGCCUCGCCACAAUUUAAUGACGCAGACCUACAGACAGUUCUUUGGACUGACUGACUGACUGUCCCUAAUGGCUUACUUUUUGUCCAUAUAAUGUACAACCCCAAAUCAGAAAAAGUUGGGACAGUAUGGAAAAUGCAAAUAAAAUAAAAACAGAGUUCCUUACAUUUA